AUGGUGUCCACAAGAUUCUAUGGCAGGCCCUGGUCUAUGGAGCAGAGGAAGGUGCUGUUCCAGUGGAUGCAGCGCUGGGGGCUCAACACCUACCUGUACGGCCCCAAGGACGACCUCAAGCACCGGCUGCUGUGGAGGGAGGUCUACUCCCCCGAGGAAGCAGCCCAGCUCCGGCCCCUGGUGGAGGAGGCAGCGUCCCGGGACUUGCAGUUUGUGUAUGCGCUCUCCCCCGGCCAGGACAUUGUCUUCUCCAGCCCCUGCGACGUGGGCCUGCUCAAGCGCAAGCUGAAGCAGGUGGCAGAUUUCGGGUGCAAGGCCUUUGCCAUCCUAUUUGAUGACAUCGAUCACUCCCUGUGCCAGGCUGACAAGGAGGCCUUCUCUUCGUUUGCUCACGCCCAGGUGUCUGUGGCCAAUGAGAUCUUCCGGUUCCUGGGAGAGCCGCCCAUCUUCCUGUUUUGCCCCACAGAGUACUGCAACUCCCUGUGCUCACCCAGUCUGGCCAAGUCUCCUUACCUGAACACUGUGGGUGAGGAUCUCCUUCCUGGCAUCACUGUCAUCUGGACUGGCAAUAAGGUGAUCUCGCGGGAGCUCAGCGUGGCUUCUGUGAUGGAGGUGCAGGCUGUGCUGCAGCGCCCCCCCUUGGUGUGGGACAACCUUCACGCCAAUGACUACGACUCCAGGCGCGUCUUCCUGGGCCCCUUCAAAGGACGGCCCCCCGGCCUGCGCGCCCACCUGCGGGGGCUUCUGCUCAACCCCAACUGCGAGUUCGAGGCCAACUACAUCUCCCUGCACACGCUGGGCACGUGGCACCGCCUCAGUGCCAAGCCAGGCCAAGGUGGGGAGGUGCAGCAGGUGACGUACUGUCCAGAGGAGGCGCUGCUUCUUGCCCUGAAGGACUGGAUGCAGGAGAUGAGUAAGCCGUUACAGCCAGGUCGUCAGUGCCGCCCCGCUGGGCUCAAAUCUUCAGAAUCUGACUCGGAUCUGAAGAACUCAGAGAGUGCAGUUCAAGACCCCGCCACCAGGGGGAGCAAUCACACAUCAGCACAGGACAAUCUGCGGGGGGGCAGCCUUCUCCCUGCUGGGAUCCCAAAGGACAAGGGGCAAGGGGAGCAGGAGCUGGUUGUCGCCCCGCGGAGUGAAGACCGGGGCCUCAGGCUGAACGUGCCCCACGGAGAAAUGGAGGGAGAGGAGGGGGAGAGAGAGGUCCAGGACACACCUGCCGGCAAAGAGCUCCCCCUCGUGCGCACGCAGUCCCAGGAGAAGGGGAAGGGGGGGGGUGCGGCAGUGGGGAGGGCCCCACUGAGCGAGGAGGAGGUCAAGCUGCUGGUGGGGCUGUACUACCUGCCCCACGAGCACGGCCCCCCCGCACAGCGCCUCCUGCAGGACCUGGCCUGGCUCAAAGCCCACAGCCACUGUGUCAGCGCCAACGGCAAGAAGGGGGAGCCACAGAAGGUAGAGGAGUGGCGCCUGCGGGCCGGCCGGUUCCAGCAGGACUGCGACAGGAUCGCGCGGCUGCAUGGCAGCGUGGUCAACUGCACCAACCGCGCCGUCCUCUACGACCUCUACCCCUACGUCUGGGAUCUGAGGAACACUGUGCUGGUGACCAAGGCGUUCGUCAGCUGGCUGGACGGCCGGGUGCUGAAUGACAACUAUCCUUUUGGCUCCUGGAGGAACUGCUUUUACUGGUGUCGCACCAAUGCUUCAGUGGAUCUGCUGGGGGUGGAAUCAGAGCCCUGGGUCUUCAAAGGAGGUCUCUCUGGGGAAUUCCAGAUGCUGCUCCCAACAGGGACCAACAACGAUCUGUUCAGCCACCCACCUCCACUCUUUCCCAGCUCCAGGCUUUACAACAUCCGCCCGUACCAGACCAAAGACAAGGUGGAGCUGUACAGGAUCUGCAGGCAGCUGCACCUGAAGACCCAGAGCAGCCCUGAUGGCCACCAGCCUCACCCAGACCUGAUGGGAGACAGGUGGCUGGGCGCCUGCUUCGCGUUGUGCCCAGAGUACAGCUUCGUGCUGGAGGAUGAGCGGGGCCUGUGUGGCUGUGCCCUGGGUGCGCUGGACAUCAGGGCUUUCCUCAAGAGGAGCGAGGCCACCUGGCUGCCCACCAUGAGGGAGAAACAUCCCCGCGGGCCUGGCGCGGCCAGCCACCCCGCGGCACAGGAGGCCCUGCAGUAUUUCCAUUCGGAGCAUCCAGACUACCCUGACUCCCUGCUCUACCACUUCCCCUCUGUUCUGCGGCUGGAAGCACUUCCGGAAGUCCUGGACACAAGCGUCACACGCAGCCUGGUCACUUCUCUGCUGUCUGCACUCAAAGCUAAUGGUUCUCAGGGUGUGUUCUGUGAGGUCCUGCCCACUGACCGCUCCCGCCUGGAGUUCUUCACCAAGCUGGGCUUCCUGGAGAUCUUCCGCUGUGAGGCGGUGACGCGCGAGGAGGUGGUGCUGGGCCGACUGCUGUAGCCCGGCUCAGGCUGGGGGGGGGUUUGGGGGCAGCCUCACCCCCCACAUCCCAGCGAACACACCCCCCCCCCUCACUGUCUCAGCUCGCCACAGCCGCGUUUCCAUUGGUGGGGAAUACAUUCCUUUCUAUGGCUUUGUUUGCCUUUCAUUUUGUAAGUAUUUAUUUUACCUGUAUGAUUUUGGAUCUUCUGUUUGGUGGGCGUGUUAGGUGCAGUGAGCGGUUUCUGGCAGCUGCUGCCCUUGUGGGGCUGCGACACCUGACUCUCACACUGACCAGCUCCACUAUCACCUCCGGGGCCCACGUCCAGCCCCCCACCCACACACAUCUAGACACACCGCGCCCCACCUGAGCUAGAAACGUCUGCACAUCGCUCUUGAUAGAAAAGUGGAUGAGCAUCUUCUUUUCAGCUUGCAUUUCCUUUGUCACGGUACAGAUGUAACAAAAGACCAGAAAUAAGUUUCAUGAGCGUUCCUGUAUAUGUCGUGUUACAGUGGGUGGCCAGGUCCACUCUGGCUGGUUCUUUUCCAUUGCUCUUUGACAUGAGCUCUGCACCAUGAAUCCACCUGGGCUCCAGCUCCGGCACAGACCAUAUGCUUGCAUACACAUCCAGCACAGGGCACUGAGAUAAUCAGCACUUGAGCUGAUGGAAAGAGCACACAAAACACAAGGACUGCCGAAUUCCAGGUCAAGGCAGGAUGACGCACUUCUAGGAGCGCUCUUAUGGUUGAACACACGGACACUCAUGCAGGGCACCAAGCAGUGCACGACCACACGCAUGGUGAACGUGGCUCUGAGCUCCCUCUUGAUAUCGGCCCAAGGGCAGCUUGAGUGCAGGCGGCUCCGUCAUCACAGUUUGCAAAUAACCGGACGCUCUCGGUGCCACAGCCUGCCUCUGGUUCCUGACGGUCUCCUGACUGUCUCAGAUUCCAACAGAUGAAUGACCGACAAGACGUACUGUAUCUGUAUAAAGUAAAAGACAAGGUUUACUUGCAACAUCGUGUCCCACAGCCCAGGAGCUGGAGCCCCUCCCCCCAGAGAGCUGGUGGCUGUGUGCGAGGGGCUGGUGGAAAGUGCGAUCGUCUCUGUGGCCCUGCCGUGGGCUGGUGGAAUCGUCACCUCAUGCCCUGUGACUCCCAGACAGGCCCGAGACUGCACCAGUCUUUCUGGGAAUGGGUGGGCCUGGAAUGUCUGUUCAGUUGAUUCCAAGGCUUCGGCAGGAUCCCCCCAGAAAUGUCCUGGUGAUUUUUUUAAAUCCGUAAGCUUAUGACGAUGGCUGUGCAAGGAAGCAGAGGGCGAGUGGUCCCGUAUUGUGCGAGAGCUUUGUUCUUCACCAUAGCUGGCAGGGACGUUCCAGCAAGGCUGGGUCCUUGUGUGGGCUUCUCAGUAUGCGAUUCAAAUCAAGAAGCAAAUAAAAAAACAAUGAGCCGUAUUAGCAGCAAACGUUUUGAGCUUUGAGGCCUAGAGCCGGUGGCAAUGCAAAACCAUGGUCAAAACAGGGUUGCUCAAUUCUACUCCUGAAAGGCUGGUGUGGUGGCGGCUUUUUAGUCCACCUGGGCUCUUAAUGGCCUAGGAUCAGCUCUUUAGUAGCUGAAUUGGGCCAGCUUAUCCCAGGUCUUCAUUUUCUGGUGCUUUAAAGAGAAAAGCUGCAGACACACACGCCCUCCAGGACCAGCAUUGAGCACCCCAUGUGGAAAAUAUGGCACUGUCACUGGACACCCCAUUUUUCCAGGUGAACUGGGGGUGAGAGCUCAUUUGUCACAGAAGCCAGGAGACACAAGGCAGGGGUCCCCAGCUCCAGUUCUCAGGGCUGCGGCCCUGCCGGUCUCUGGGGCUCAGCAAGGCCCUCCAGUGGGCCCCGCCCCCCGCCCCCUGCGGUCACCAUGGUCACUUUGAGGAGCGAGGAGCCUCGGACUGACUGACCCACUCGUCUGUCUGUGGAUUUAUUGUUUCAUUGGUGACUUUGUGUAAAACUGAUUAAAAGAUUUGGUUUUCCCUCCAA